UUCGUUUUUCCCGAUUAAGGCCGAUCUUUCUACAGAAUCUUAAUCGGUAAUCUGUCGAUUCCCGUCAGCAAGUUUAUGACGAGCUGCUGGUUAUACCCGACCAGAUGUGCAAGUCAUGCCAAAUUUAGCAGAUACUGUGGAACCGUAGAGCCAGUUCCUCGGUUAGAGACUUACUAGGGUUCGCUUUUUCGGAGGUUCGGCAAAAGCUUACCUCUGUCAUUGAGGGUUCCCCUGCUCUGCGAUGACAGCGAUGGAGCCAACACGACUCAUCUCUACUUGCUAACAGUUCGUCUCUCUUCAUUUGACACGCUUGAUCUGCUCUUCCUCUCUUCAAUCUCAGGUUAGCCCGUUUUGGUAAUUAAUUCGCCAUCACGAUGACAACGCCGCUGCACCUCACGUGCUACUACGAUCUCAAUUGGAACCUCAGGUCUGAAAGGCCCUUGCGGAAUGGCACUUCUUCGGAAAUUUUGCCUGAUUCCGUUGCUGGUCACAAAAUCUUUGGAGGAUUUUGUUAUAUAAUUCUAGGAGAAUUCAACCAAUUUUAGGGCUACUAUUAUCGUCAGUUUUGGGACUUUGUGGCUGUUGUGUGUUGAAUCCGUUUGCUCGCGUGUGGCUAUCCAAUAUGGCAGUGUCUUGGAUACUUUCUUAUGAUCGGGUUCCUUCGAACAUCAGGGCAUGGGCCAAGAAGCAUCGGCGAUCGUUGCUCGUUGCAGCUGGAUUGGUGGGAGGAGGGGCGGCAGUUUAUUAUGGUUUCCGGUACCUAGGGUUGGCUUCGCAAGCACGGAAAGAAAGAGAUGUUGCACGAGCUGCAUUGUUGCAGAGGGAAGCUGAAGAACGUGCCGAAGCUCAGCUGCAGAGCCAUUUUGAGAGCAUUCAAAGAAUAUCAGACACAACAACAUUACCGUCAAUGUUACCGCAGUUAAAAGACAGGCUUUUCUCCAAGGUCGAUCUAUCGGGACUAACUGAGAAGCUGAUUCUAGGCAAAGAGGACCCGCAAUCAUUGAGUCAGAGGGAAAAGAUGCAGCUAUGGCAAGAAUUGAAGACCCUAAGUUUCGUUCGCACAGUCUGUGCAAUGUCAGCACUCAGUCUGCUGGAUCUCUUCAUCCGCAUUCAACUAAACAUCCUGGGGAGGCAUGUAUAUUUCGACACCGCCAGAGAUUUUAUGAAUCCUGAGGAUUCGCACGUGCCCUUGUCUAUGAGCGUCCAACAUAAGUUUAUAGCUUACGCUGGAUAUUUGCAUCACAAGGGUCUAGAUGCUCUUGUUGGAGAUGUUAAUCAGGCUGCAGAAAUUGUACUGAGGAGCAAGCCACUGAAGGAGCCUUACACACUUGACGACCUUAGGGAUGUUUUUAUGAGAAUUCGAGCAACCUUGGAUAGCAAGAGAUCAGCCUGGGUUCAAUAUGUUCUCCCACCAGAUAAUGUCUUGCCAGAUGAUUUGUCAGUCGCCUCUUCAGCUGAUGCAUCAAAUCCAGUUGCAGAAAUGGCGCUCAAUGACAAUGAGGUGCUUGACCAGCUCAUGAAUGAAACCAGGGCAGUUUUGGUAAGCAAUGAAUUCCACGAAGUGAUGGCUGUCUGUGUGGAUUCUAUGUUGGAUGGAGUCAUGGAAGAGCUUUAUGCUAUAUACAGAGGAUCUUCAGAUAAUGGUAUCCCUCUGGCGAAGCUGCUUCCUCCUGUAGCAGGAGCUGGAUCUGCCCUUUUGGAGUCUCUUGAUGAUAACCGCUUCAUAAGAAUAUUGGCGGACUUGCCGCAAGUGCAUGCUUUUUGUGCCCUGGUGUAUACUAACUCAAGCGAGGAGACGCUUGCGUAAGGAAUGAAUGGGAUUGGUGACAUUUAUGAUUGGAGCAUUUACGUAUGGAAAGCUCUUGACAUGAGCUACUACAGAUUGGAGAAUGUUGCAAUGGGUUUAUCAUCUUUCUUGAGAGUCUCUCUGCCUACAGCGCACUCACUGGGCUUGUUUUCUUCGGCAAAUGUUUUAAGUGUUGAGUUAUGGGGCUGAAGAUGUGAUCAGGAACAUUAUGCACUUUCCCAGAGGCAGAGUCCCUGGAGUAUUUAAGUGGGGGGCAGGGGAGGGGCGGCUUUGAAAUGUUUGAAAUGAGAUGUAGAGCAGCUUGGAAAUAAAAGUUAAAUUUAAAUUCUUUGCAAUUUCAUGAGCAUCUUGCUACGUAGGCUAUGAUAUUAAGCAGUUGCCAGAGUAGGGCCUGAUCAGUGUUCCACUCCUCACAUUAUCUACAGCUGGUGUGAAGAGCAUUUACUAGUUGCUGUCCUCUUUUUAGUUGUUCUGGAGGGGUUUGCGUUUUCUGUUUAAAAUGGAAGUUGCCCUUCGGUAAUGCAAAUAGAAUUCAAGUAGCAUAGAAAACGCAUUUGUAUGGAUAUGAGAUUCAUGUGCACGAAUGGAAAUAGUAACUUCUAUUCAGAAAGUGAUUAAUUUUUAGUCACUGCACCUCAUUCAUGUGCAUGAAUUGAAGUAGCAACUCCUAUUUACGUGAAAA